UUGUAUUAAAAGUCGACCAGUAUCGCUCGCGGUAUUAUAUUUCGUUGAACUAGACGCCGCGCCGCAUGGGCCUCUAGGGAUUUCGAAAAUAUUACAGCCAGGCCAUGCAUAAUUAAAAAAAAACACGCAGCAUACUGAACUUACAUUGUGGAAGAUGCGAUUUUUUUACUACCUCGUCGUUUUGGGGUUGACGACAUUAGCAUCGACGAGCGAGUCCCGAGCAGUGUCGACGGAGUUACGAAACUCACGGGAAGUACCCCUUGCAGAUGACGAUGGGGAACUUGAAGACGACUGUGUGUGCCGGAGUGUGUCACCUAAAGCCAAUUUGAAAGCAUACCGAGAUGCCCUUAAUUAUCGCCAACUAUACUGUUUAACUGGUUACCAUUUACAGAUAUUGCCCGAUGGCACAGUGAAUGGAACGCGGAAAGACCACAAUCUAUACGCUAUAAUGUUAAUAGAAACUAUUAGAGUCGGCGUUAUUACCAUAAAAGGAGUGAAAACCAGUCUCUAUCUAAGUAUGAACAACAAGGGUAAACUCUAUGGAUCGAGGGAAUUGACAGAAGAGUCGUAUUUCUACGAGCGGCUGAUCGAAGAUUGGUAUCUAACUUAUGCGUCACAUAAACACCCGAACACACGCAGAGGAGAACGCAAGCGACAAUGGUUUGUCGGCUUAACUGACAACGGAUUGGCGAGAAAAGGGUCCCGUUCGAGAUCAAGGCAUGUCAAUGCCCACUUCAGGACGAGACCAGUCGACCCAGUAAGAGUACCAAACAUUUACGAUUUUGCGAUCUCCGAGCUGAAAAACCUGGAAAAGUAUUCAAAUACGAAGUGUAGAGAGACUUGAAAGUUUCAACAGUGGAGCUCCACAGGGAGCACGAAUUUAUAAACUAUUCAAACACAUUUCAUGAUCUACCCGAUGUACACUGUUUGUUCCAAUAAGUCGCGCCCGCUAGCGGCGAUGACACAUGUCAUUAAUAAUGUUUCUGGCCAAGAUGAAUUCAUUAUUGUGUAUUUCUUCACGGUGCUGUAAUGGGUUUUCCUAUUUAUAAAAAACAUGUUUUAUAGUAAGGAUAACGAAUAAGAUAAGGGACUGGAUGAAAAUUACGGAUAUAAACAUUUUUUGUAUCAAGAAUAAUGAGUAGGGUACUAGGGGGACAUAAUAGAGAAAGCGAGAAUAGGGGGUAUGGUCGAAUUUACUGCUACAAAUAUAUUUUUAUAGUAGUGAUAAAGUUAUAUAAGGGGAUGAAUGGGCUGAUACAUACACAUGUUAUAUGAAUACUAUAGCGAGUGUGUUAGGGGGACUAGAUCUACUGAUUAAUAUAUUUUUUAUACUAGUAGUGAUAACACGUAGCUUAGUAAAUGUCCCAAUGUACAAUGUUCCUGGGUAACGAAUUGGACAUGGACAUUGUUGCACGCUGAUAGUUAUUUCAAACAAAUAUAACGAGAAAACUUUAAUUAAACCCUGUGUUUUAAACGAAUAUAUACUCUGGAAGUGUAACUACGGGUUCUAAUUAGCUGUAUAAUUCCUUUUCCUUAUCAAAUCACACCGACAACAAAAUUACGCACACCUGGAUGGUGGACAUAAUAGAAAAUGCAAUAUAUUGCGAUGGAAUGCGAGUAUUUUACGCCGUUUAGACGAGAUUACAGACACCCGGAGCGCCACCAUGCGUUUGUUGCGAUAAUGCAUAAUUUUUCGACUGUCACUAUGGUACAUGUUAAUUUGUUAACUUAGACAGAUAUCAUAAAACAACGCUGUAUUUGUUUCUUCCGUCUCAGAUUAUAUCUACCGAUAGCUUGAAAGGGAUCAAAUACAAUGUGAUUUGCAUAGAUCAUUUAAUCAAUUACAGUCUUAGCAUAUUUUAAUUCUUAUCAAUUUAUUCAAGGCUACUAAUUAAUCUUAUAUACUAUCUUUGUUCCUAAGACGUCAAAUUUAUUUUUUUUGUCGCAUUUGAUGACUUUUUUUACCGUCAAGACGCAACUAAAUAGACAUCUCACGUGCAGCUGAUUAUAUAGUUUUGAAAUAUUGAUAGAAAUAUUGUACGUUUCUGCUUUUUAUAACAUUUGAAAAUAAAAUAAAAAUAAAGACCAUAAUUUGUUUCUAAGAUAAA